CUUCUGAAGGAGAACCUUCCUCUUUCCUACCGUCAACAAAUUGUGGAGUUUAUACUUCAAAAUACUGGGCAAAAGGAUUUCAAUAUUGAUCCAACAUUCCGAGAUCCAUAUACUGGCGCGAGUGCUUAUGUACCUGGACAGCCAUCAAAUACUUCUGGUAUAUCGGCUAAACCCACCUUCAAGCAUAUCCCAAAGAGGGGAAUGCUGGUUUUUGAUGCGGCUCAAUUUGAUGGCAUCCUCAAAAAGAUUUCAGAAUUCAACAACACUCUACUGGCUGACUCGGAAAAAAAGGACUUGUCUCUGACAGAGCCGAAGAUAUCUAGACUGGGCGCUAUUGUUAAAAUUCUGAAGGACACAUCACACUACCAUUCGAGCACGUUUGCUGAUGUUGACAUUGCCUUGUUGCUGAAAUUGCUGAAAUCAUUGCCGCUUGCAAUGAUAUUUCCUGUUAUUGACAUUCUGAGGAUGAUUGUCCUGCACCCUGAUGGGGCAACUGUACUUCUCAGGCAUGUUGAAGUCAAUGAUGUGGUAAUGGAAAUGAUUAUGAAAGUCACUACCGAACCUGCAGUUCCAGCAAAUUUUUUAACCAGUAUCCGUGCUGUAACUAAUAUUUUCAAAAAUUCAAGCUACUAUUUAUGGCUGCAAAAGCAUCGAUGUGAUAUUCUUGAUGCAUUUUUAAGUUGUCUUGCAUCUCCAAACAAGAAUUUACAGUUGGCUUAUUCUACACUGAUACUAAAUUAUGCAGUGCUGCUAAUUGAAAAGAAGGAUGAAGAAGGUCAAUCCCAUGUUCUUUCAGCAGCUUUAGAGAUUGCUGAGCAGGAAAAUCUAGAAGUUGAUUCAAGAUUUCGAGCUUUAGUUGCCAUUGGGUCAUUGAUGCUCGAGGGUCUGGUGAAAAAACUAGCAAUGGACUUUGAUGUUAUGAACAUUGCCAAAGUAGCAAAGGCUUCUGAGGAUGUCUGCCGCAGAUUUUCUUGUUUUUACAUUGUUGUUUAG